AUGGCCAGGCUCUUUCCCGGGGCCUGGCCUGCCUUCCUGCUCACGGCCGCCCACCAGGCUCUGGGGGCGACCCUCCUGAUCAGCGCCGCCCCCUACCUCAUCCUCUUCCUGAUCCCCGUGGAGUCCAACAGUCCCCAGCACCAGGCCCUGCUCAAGCUGCUGCUCAGCUUCGCCUCCGGGGGCCUGCUGGGGGACGCCUUCCUGCACCUCAUCCCCCACGCCCUGGAGCCACACGGCCCUCACGGAGAAGCUGGCGGCCACGGCCAUUCCCACGCCAAGCACUCCGGCCACGGCCAUUCCCACCAAGGUCCCGAGCACCAGCACACGAUGGCCGUCGGCCUCUGGGUCCUGAGCGGCGUCGUGGCCUUCCUGGUGGUGGAGAAGUUUGUCCGACACGUCAAAGGGGGACACGGGCACAGCCACGGACGCACUCAUGGGGCCAAGGCCAAGGGCAGCGAUGACGAAGGGGAGAAGGAGGGGGUCCCAGGGCCGGCCGGGAAAGCGGCAGCCCCCGCCAGGAAGACAGAGGCGCCUCCAGAGUCCACCAUGCGUGUGGCCGGCUACCUCAACCUGGCCGCCGACUUUGCCCACAAUUUCACCGACGGGCUGGCCUUGGGCGCCUCCUUCGUGGCGGGCAGCGCCGUGGGCGCCGUCACCACCCUGACCGUCCUGCUCCACGAGGUCCCCCACGAAGUGGGCGACUUCGCCAUCCUGGUCCAGUCCGGCUGCACGAAGCGCAAGGCCAUGAAGCUGCAGCUGGUGACGGCCCUGGGGGCGCUGGCGGGCACCGUCUGCUCCCUGCUGGCGGAAGGCGUGGGCGAGGCCGCCACCGCCUGGAUCCUGCCCUUCACGGCCGGCGGCUUCAUCUACGUAGCCACUGUCUCCGUCAUCCCCGAGCUCCUGCAGGAGGCGCGGCCGGCCCAGUCCUUGCUGGAGGUGCUCAGCCUGCUGGGCGGCGUAGUCAUGAUGGUCUUCAUCGCCCGAUAUGAGUAG